AUGAUAACACAUAACUCUUUUUUUCUCUCCUCCUCACCUUACCCCUCUCUAUCAUUUGCUAUGCAUUGUCUCACCCUCUGUUUUCUUCUUUCUUUUUUCUUUCUUCACAUACCUCUUUCUUUCUUUCUUUCUUUCUUUCUUUCUUUCUUUCUUUCUUUCUUUUUUCUUUCGUUUUUCUUUCUUUCUCUCUCUUCACAUCCCUCUUUGUAUCUCCUUUCUCCCUACCUCUCUCUCUCUCACAUAUACUCUUCACAUCAUUUCUUCCUCUUUCUGUUUUCUCUCUCUUCCUUCACAUUCGUCCUCCCUUCUCUCUCACUCUCUUUAUAUCAUUUUUUUCAUUCUCUCUAUCUACAAACAGGAUUUCUAUGGCAAUCUAUUUGCCUUGGAUAUUUAUAUUUGAACGGUGGGUCUACUCAAAUAUGGGUUUCUACUAAAAAUAACCAUCUAUCUUACAUUCUAUUCAUAUCUAUCUAUCUAUCUAUCUAUCUAUCUAUCUAUCUAUCUAUCUAUCUAUCUGUCUGUCUGUGCAUUCUGUUCAUAUCUAUCUAUCUAUGCAUUCUGUUCAUAUCUAUCUAUCUAUCUCUAAUUCUAUUGAUAUCUUUCUUCACAUUUAUAAUUUACGUUUUACUUUUUCUCUCAUUUUCUUUCUUUCCGAUAUACACUCCUCUUUCUUUCUUUCUUUUUUCUUUCUUUCUUUCUUUCUUUUCGUCUCAAUCUGUAGGUAUCCCUCCCAGAGUGGCUCAAAAGCUCAUUAUUUUUCUCUACCUCACUUUCUUUUUCUCUUUCUUUCUUUCUUUUCCAUUUCUUUCUUUCUUUCUUUCUUUCUUUCUUUCUUUCUUUCUUUCUUUCUUCCAGCCCGCUCCAUUUUUCUCUCUAACCUUCCAUCUUACCUUCCUUUCCUUCAAUAUCUUCUUUAAUAGCGUUUAUUUUUUUCUCCCUUCUCUUCUUGUCACUGUUUCCCUUCUAUUUUCUUCUCGAUUUCAUUUAAGCCCCUUUUCCUUCUCUCACUCUUCUUUCCCUUUAAAUUUGCUUAACCUCUUCCUUCUAUCGUGUUACCUUUCUUCUCAUUUCCCAUAG